UAUAAAUUUACGUCCCGUCCUCAACCCUCCACAACUUUUCACUCUGCAACAUUCGGCACAUUCAUUCUAUCCUGCAUCUUUCUUGCUCAGCAUCUCUAGAUCAAUUUUUAUUACUCAUUAGAAAAACAAAACAUAUAUCUUUCAUUUGUAUCACUAUCUUUUCUUGAGCGUCAACCCUCAAAUCAGCGAACACUGCAAGCAAAACAAACAAACAAAGACAGAGCUUACCUUGUAGCUUCCAGAGCUGACAUUAAUUCUUUUUUUUUCCAAUCAAUUAAUCAAUUAAUCAAUCGAUUAAACCAAAACAAACGCAAUGCUUCGUCGCCCACCAACGACGCUUACACUCACCGCCGAAGAUGUUGCUGCCUACGAAGACCGUCGCUUCGCAGCCAUGCAAGCACAGUCGGAAAACCAGGCACCCACACGCGCUUCUUCCCACCCAUUGCAACAGCAAUCCACUGCAAUGGACACCUCCUCUUCGUCCUUAACACCGUCACCACCACAAGCUGAAGAUGACGAAGAUAUGCAAGAUGUAGAUGUAGACGAAGAAGACGAAGAAGAAGAAGAAGCGGACGCGGACGAAGCCGACACAAGCGACCCUUUCAUAACUGCACCCCGCCGCGCUGCCCGCGAACAAUUCAACAGGCGCGAACAAUCGCCCGGCCAAGCGCGCGCUGCCUAUCUCCAGCAAGUGCGAGCGUCACGGAACCAGCACGCAACUCCCACGGCGCCGGCUUCCUCGACGCGAACGCAACGAAUUACUGGUGCGGGUGCGAGCACAGCACAAAGCACAAGAACAACUACUCGAUCUGCGACUAGCAGACAAGGCAGCACGGAGCCAACAAACGCAGCAGCACCACCACCAGCUCCAGCGCGCAUGAUGACGCGGAGUAGAGAGGAGCGGAUAGGCAUCACGGGAUCGACGACAGGAACGGGGUCGAGACGGCGGUAGAACCCUGUCACUGUGAUCAUCCGUUGAAUUUUACGUUUAAGUUGAUACCUAUGUUUCAAUGAUAUGGGCUUGGCGUUAUCUUGCUCCUGCUUCUGCCUUAAGAAGCUAGAUCAUUUGGAAAUGGGAUAAAGGCAAUAGCUUCGGAGACACCUGCUAUGGUAUGCUGGCAAUGCUGAAAAGACAGCGAGAUACUUUUCAAUAUAUAUGAUGCACA